ACUCCCACUUCCUGGUUACUCUGCAGCUUGGCUUCCUCUGCCUGUCAGCUGUGCUGUCUACAACAACAAUAACUGUCAGGACGGUGUGUGUCCUGAAGUCUGUCAGGUGACAGAGGAAAGAAGGAAGACGUUCAGGCAGCAUUGUACAUCUCCAAUGAAAAGGAGACGCUGGUGACCAAGCAUGGAGGACUUCAGGCGGACCUACCUGCGUCUGUGUAAGGAGGGAGGUGUGGAGCCCCAGGAGAGUGUUGUGGCUCAGCUCCAGGAGAACAGGACUGUUCAGGGCUCCAGACUGGACCUGAGUGGACAGAGCCUGUCUGCAGAUACCUGCUCUGUGUUGGCCAGGGCCUUCGAAAAAGAUACCGCCUUUACAGAGGUGUCACUGAGUGACUGCAUGCUCAGCGAGGAAGGUGCCAAAGUACUGCUGACUGGACUGUUUGGCAACACAACAGUAAAAGUCCUGGAUCUGAAGGGGAAUAACUUAAGAUCCAAAGGGGCGGAGGUUCUGGGAAAGCUGUUGGCACGUAACAAAACUCUGCGUAGGCUGGUGUUGGAAUGGAACGCUUUGGGUGUGUGGGAUGAAGCCUUCUCACUCUUUUGUGAGGGUUUGGCCUCCAAUAACGUGCUGACACAGCUGGACCUCCGCAACAAUCAGAUCAACCACCACGGAGCCUCCGAGCUCGCUCUGGCACUCAAGCGCAACAACACAGUGGAAGUGUUAGAUCUGAGGUGGAACAACAUUGGUCUACUGGGUGGCAGGUCUCUGCUGGAAGCUGUGCAGAAGAACAAGAGCAUAGUGCAGCUGGAGAUGGCAGGGAACAACAUACCCAGUGACACUCUCAGAGCACUUGAGCAAACCACUUCGCACAACUCAGACAGGCAGUCCACCCUAAGAGAGAACCACAGCAGGACCCAGGUCCUCAGCAAGGAGAUUCAUAUACUGAAGGAGGAGAAAGGCCGGCAGUUCCUAAGCCUGAUGGAAACCAUAGAUAGGCAGAGGGACGAGAUGGGACGCUCCAGCAGGUCCACCUCUAUUCAGAUAAGCCAACUCCAGGAAGCUCUGAAUGAGAGGAAGUCAGCUGUCAACUCUCUGACUGCCAAAGUGCAGAUGACGGAGGCUGCCCUCGCCCUCUCUGAGCAGAAAAACCACAACAUGGGACAGCUGCUGACACGAUUAAAGACUGAGAAAGAAGAACAGAGGGAACGACAGAACAGAGAGAGGAAGAAAGAGCAAGAGGACAGCGUACUCAGAGAGGGCAAACUCCUCCGAGAGAUCCAAAACCUGACAGAAAACAACAGCCAGCUCAGGAAUAAAGUGGAGGAGAUGGAGCGCAGGUGUAAGUCUCAGCAGCAGCAGAUCUUUGAGCUGAAGCAGGAGCUGACCAACAGCACAGCAGAGCUAAAGCUGCGAUUAGCCCAGUCAGAAGAUCGUCUGGAAAUGGAGAAGCGACGGUCAAAGCAGGCUCUGGACGACAUGGACAGUCUACGCCAGAAGGAGGUGGAGCACGUGAAUCGACAUCUAGAAGAGAGUGAAAGAGCUCUGCAGGAACGCAUCUUCAAACUGGAGGGACAGCGGAUACAACUAGAAGAGGAACUGAGUAAAGCUAAAGCAGUGUGUGUGACAGAGAGGGCCCAGGCUGAGGAGGAACUGGGAAGAGUCCGGGCUCAAGUUCGUCUGGAGGAGCAGGAGCAUGUGUCUUCCUUGGAGGAGAAGCUUCGCUCUGUGCGUUCCUCCCUGCAGGAAGUCCAGCUCCACUGCUCCCAGCAGAAACAGACCAUCUCUGAGCUGCAGGUGAAGAACAGCCAGCAGAGCAUCGAGAUGGACAGUCUGCGGCGCCGGAUAGAGGAGCUGCAGCAGGAGCUGUCAGGUAAAGACCAGGAGAAGGUGGCUGAGGUGAGCCGGGUGAGGGUGGAGCUGCAGGAACAGAUUGGACAUUUACAUGCAGAGAGGACGGCACAGGGAGGGCUCAAAGAGAAGAUCAGUGCUCUGGAGAGAGAGAUCAAAGUGCUGAGCAGUAGCCACAGAGAGGUGCUCCUCGACAAAGAGAGCGAGAUGUCUUCCAUGCUGGAGAAGCUGCGGUUGAGGGAGGCAGAGAUCCAGAGGAUGAGGGAGGACGAGGCGCAAAGAGCCAGCUACCUGCAGAGCGCCAUCCUCACCUACGUUCAGGGCUCCCCUCUGGGUCACUACAGCAGCCCCAAGAAAUGACCCAGAGACCUCCACCCCUGUAAGCUGUAACCUCUGAGCCCUCACUGAGCUCCUGCACAAAUAAAAUCAGGACUGGACUUGAAAAGUAGAAAAUGAAACCCAACAUGUAGGCUUAGUUUACAGGAAAAAGUCCUCAUCUUAACGAGACAUUUAAUCUGAAUUCAUUCAAUUUUAAGGAAAAUUCUGAUUUAUUAUAGCUUGAGUCUUAUUUCCAUUGUUUGCCAAUCUAUGUAUCUGUUAUGAUAACAUAGUCAUUCAAGUAAAAAGCUGAAAACCGGAUCUGGGAAAACGAUUACAUCAUGACAGUCAUACAGGUCAAAGAGUAUCCAGAUUACUUAAAGCCCUUAGGCUUAGAGGCCGGGGUUAAAUUUAACUAAACUGAACACACUGAAAAUGUUGGUAAUAUGUUCUUACAAGUAACGAGUCUUUCUCUUCCAAACAAGUUCAGCUAACUGUUUCUCUGAUCUGCUACAAUACAAAUACGUCAGCUGUUGUGCUUAUUAGUGAUUCUCUCCAUUGUUUGGAAAAGUGAUUGACUAUCAGAGGUUUGUGAGCAGGAUCAAGAAUGCAAAUGACAUCUUCCUACUAAUUACUCAGCUACAAAUGACAACAAGCACACAAGCCACAAGCUGUGAUAAACCAGAAUAAGCCACAGAAGACUGUAUAAAAUCAGUAUAUAGCCUGUAGUAUGUAGUGUUUUUAGGUUCUGUUUAUUCUUAAGACAGAAUACGGCUGGACACGAGACCAAACUGCUGUUGAAUGGACAUCUCAUUUCCUAUGAUCACAGCCCUUAUUGUUCAACGUUUGCUCAUCAUUGCCAAAUCAUUUCCACUGCAUUCUGUUCGUCUCUCCUGUUAGAUGAACAUAAGUCAUCACUGAUAUCUGUUUUCAGCCCAGUCCUGUUGUACUGUACUUCUUCUGCAGUCUAAACGAAUCCAAGAUAAUGCAGCAUUGUCAGUGUUUACAUACAAAAUGAGAUUUGAUUGAAAUAUGCCUUAAUAUUGUUUGUGUGAGAGGAGACAGCUCUGCAGCUCAGGUGCAGAGAGCAGUGAAGUGAUUCUUCUGUUUUUACAAAUAUGAUUAUAUUUAACAAAGUCCAUAUGAACUCUGGAUGCAAUGUUUUCUACUAAAAAUCACUGCAUAUCUUCAGACGUGAUAGAUAUGUGUCAUUUAUAUUGUCAGGUGUGUUUUUAGCAUUUUGGUCUGUUUUUGAUGACAUGACAUGUUUUUUUAUUAUUAUUUGCAUAUUAAACGUGGUCAUUUCUGAAAAA